UCCAGCAGGAAUUCUGAAGAGCCAUAAUGAUGUGACAGUGAAUAAUGAGUAGUACCUACUGUGGCAACUCCUCGGCUAAGAUGAGCGUCAAUGAAGUAUCAGCUUUUUCGUUGACUCUGGAACAAAAAACUGGCUUUGCUUUUGUUGGGAUUUUGUGUAUCUUCUUAGGACUUCUUAUUAUUAGAUGCUUCAAAAUCCUGUUAGACCCGUACAGUAGCAUGCCUUCCUCUACAUGGGAAGAUGAAGUUGAAGAAUUUGAUAAAGGGACAUUUGAAUAUGCACUUGCGUGAGAGUUCCACCUUUAUGGUUUUUUAGAGUUAUGCCACUGGGACCCAUGGACGAUACAACUGUAAUCUCCUCGAGCAUGCUGGAAGAGGCUCACUUCAUCCACUAAAUUCAAUAAACAUGUAUGGUUGGCCAAGUCAUCUAAUCUCUAUGGACUUCAGUGAGGAAGCUAACCAGAGGAUUUUUAAUGUCCCUUUCAAUUCUAGUGCCCUAUGAACUCUGUGAACGUAUCGGGAAACCCAGAGAUCUGAGAUGAAUGAGGAUUUAGGAUGUUAUGAAAAUUUUUUCAGUUUAGGAGUCUCAAUUCUGUGGUUUGAAUUCUAAUGUUGACUUAGCCAAGAAGCUUUAUGACCUAUAAAGCUGUCUAAGAGGAACCUUUCCAUAUCUACAAAAACAAGGAUAAAGAAACCUAUCCUGCAUAUCUUGCAGGAAUGUUGACAGGACCAAGUGAUGUAAGAUGAAUGUGAAAGCAAUA